AUGAAAACUUUGAAAACUCAUUUUGACGUUGUCCAUGAUAUGUUAAAUGCUAGUGGAUUUGGUUAUGAUGAAAUGAAACAGUGCGUGGUAGCUGAAAAAACAGUAUGGGAUGCUUACUUACAGGAGUUGUGCAUAAUAUUUGGAAAGGAUCGUGCUAACGGUAAGGAAGCUGCAACACCAAAUGAUGUUUUAGAAGCACUGGAAGAUGAAGAACUUGAUAAGGAGAAAGAGGCUGAUAAUGAUGAUGUUGAAAACCCUUUAGAUGAUAUACUUAUACCACUAAUAGUUGGUAAUACUAGUAAAACAUGUUCUAAAAAGAAAAGAAAGAAGAAAAGCCAAAGUGGUGAAGAAAUGAUAUUAGAAAUGGUAAAGAGUUCAUCAAGUUUCAUUGGCUCUAAGAUGGAUUCAUCUAGUGAACGCAUUAGUAGAGCAAUUGAAGAUGCAUCAGUGAAAGAUAUGAAACUCAAGCUAAAUGAAGAACUGAAGAAAUUAUCCGGUUUUAGCAUGGUUGAGCGACAUAGAGCAACUGCUAAACUUGCUCGUGAUCAUGACUUGUUGGAUAUUUUUUUUACAAUUGAAGAUGAGGAGAAGGAAGCAUGGGUUAAAGAAGUAGUUCUUUAA